CCACGAUUCCUUUAAAGACAUGUAUGUUUUUGUGCGUAAAUGUAAGCGUCUCUUCAUUCUAGGCUGCUGGGGUUUGUUUGUUUACAGCUCAUAUGUUGAUAUCUCGUUACUUUGAGGAAGCCUAGUUGAUCGUGAGGAAGUUUACAGCCCCAGUACCGAAAGUGUUUUAGAAAUGAGCCAGGGAUUGUUUUAUGAUCGGUGUAUCUGCCGUGAUUAAGCGUUUUAUUGCGCUGUUUUUAUGCGAUUGAGUUUAAUUCCAACCAAGCAACGUCGGCUGUUGCAACAAGGCGACUUACUUUGUCUUAGACCAGAUAUUUAACAUGUAUCAGGAUCUGUGUGUCAGAGUGUAUCCUGUUUCCAGGGAAAAGUGAAUAUGAAGUGUAUCGGGUUGCAGUUUAAAUAUCAACAAGAAGGUUUGUUGUUUCUGCUUUCCUUUCUGCACUCCUCCGUCCAUUCAUGGGUCUGCUCCAUGAGGGCAGAGGUGGUGUAGGUGGAGGUUACAGACAGCAGGGGCACUGUAGUGCUGCCGUCGGAAAUUUCCAGUGUUGCUCUAAGAAAACUUAGUAUUAUUGUCAUUAACCUAUUUUGUUUGUCAAUUUGAAUAUAGGCAAAACUUAAAUUAAUGUUCCCUACUUUUGUUACGGUGGCCUAAAUCUUCUUUAAUGCUUUAGAUACCUUAAAGCACAAGCUUAACUUUACUAGAAAUAUAUAGAAUUAUCAAAUUUAUUAUACAGUCAGGCAUAUAAAAGUCAGUGACACUGGAUAACAGUGAUUGCCAUUAUUCAUCAGUCUACUAUUUUUUCCCCAUUAAAGGAGCACUUCACACACAAAAAGAAAGUUUGUAUAUCAGUAGCACACCCUGUGUUACACCGAAUUCAGGAAGAAAACUUGAUUUUUCUCGCAUGCCUUUACAGUGAACGAAGACUCCAAAAACAAAGAAAAUUCUUGGUGAAUUAAAGUCAUAGGGGGCCACGUUUAACACCAGUAAAACUAUAUCAAAACAUCUGUUUAUAAACUUUUACCUCCAGCAUGCACUGGGGCAAUUUGCAGCUGAACUGGUGGUUGGUAGAGAGUUACUGCCUCAAGCGAGAAAGUUCAAGUAUCGCGGUGUCUUGUUCACAUGUGAGGGUAGAAUGGAGCAUGAGGUGGAUCGGCGGUUUGGUGCGGCAUCUGCAGUGAUGCAGGCAUUGCGCUGGACUGUCGUGGUGAAGAGGGAGCUGAGCUGAACAGCGAAGCUUUCGAUUUACUGGUCCAUCUAUGUCCUAACCCUCACCUAUGGUCAUGAGCUCUGGGUAGUGACCAAAAGAUUGAGAUUGUGGAUACACUCCUGCUGCCCCCGCAAUCCGGCCCUGGAUAAGCAGAUGAAAAUACUGUAGAUGGAUGGAUGUUUACAAACUCUCACACAACUUGUGCAGUAUAAUCCGAGUCUCAUUUAUCCAGUCGUGUUCUCCGUACUUCCCGAACACAUGCACUUUUGCUAAAAAAAAACGUAGUAUCUGGGUCUUGCUUUGAAGAGAGCAUAAAAAAAAUUUCAUUUUCAGUUCAGUUUUAAAUAGGACGAUUUUAGCGAAAAUGCAUGUGUGUGGAUUGUACAUGCAUGAGUUGUGUGAGAGUUUGUAAACUGAUGUUUUGAUAUAGUUUUGCUGGUGUUAAAGUGGUCUCCAGUCAGUUAUUAAUUCCUAUGUUUGUUGUUUUCCAUUCAGACUUGCAAGAAAAACAGAGUUGUCUUUACAAAUUCAAGAUAACACGGGAUGACUAAUUGAUACACAAAUGCUCAUUCUGUGGGUAAUGUUUUCCUUUAAUCAAUUAAUCAUAAGGUCUGUUAAAUGUCAACAAAUAGCAAAAAAGACCAAGAAAACCAGAAAUAGACUAUUUAUAUUUGAGAAGCUGGCAGCAGUCAGUUUUGACAUUUUUUGCAUAAAAAUGUUUUGCUUAAUAAUCAGUUAUUAAGAUAAUUUAGUAAAAUAGUUCUGAUGAAAACUUUGUCACGAACACUCAGUUGUGGCACGACAGAAUCACUUUCUGUAAAAAGUGUCACAACAUAGAAUUUUCCAGAAUUAAAUGAGCAAGUCUGAUUAACCUUGACCAUUGUAAGUUUGAAGAUAAUUAUUCGUGACUAAUCAUGUAUGUGCCACAGUAAUAAUCUUCGCUGGCAAACACAUGUCUGAGUAAGAGUGACAACAAGCCCCAGUUUCUAAUGAAGUUAAUCACUAUAAACUCACUGUUUAGCCAAAUUUAGAAUCAACCUGUCAGUGCCUCAUUACAUCGUGUUUCAUUAGUCACCAAGUCCUGUAUGUGCUGUCUUUAUUGACAUGGACAAAGGUCAGAGGCCAUAAUCUUCUGCUUAAGGCAGCUUAGGCGUACAUCACUAAGGUGUUACAAUUCAGACAUGUAUGGCAAAGUGUAGGCAUUAAUUUAAGCCUCUAAAUUCAGUGAAAAUGUCUGUAAGUGUAUUUAGAGGCAACCUAAAGAGGCCAAAUCAUCAGGGACAGAGAUCGAGAACCAGUUCCAGUUGAUUCCAAAUCAGAAUUGCAGAAUUGUUUAUCAGUUCCCUUUAUUGAUGCUGGCAUGUUUUUUUCCGACAGUCACUUAUUGCAAAGCAAUGAUAUCAAAGUCAUGUGGCUAGGCUGUUGGAAACUUGCAACAAGAAGGUCUAAAGUGUGGUUUAAUUUCAUGCAGAAAGAUGACAACAGUGCUGCUUGUACUGUCUGUGAAAGAUAACUUCACUUAAGUGCGAAACAUCGGGGACCAAUUACUGUCAUCACGCCUGCUUAAACUAAACUGAACUAAAAACUUAAAACUAAACUAAAUCAAACUAAACUCAACUCAACUAAAUGGGUAGAAACACCAACAAUAUGCUGAAACAUCUUUCUAUACAACAUGAGCUUAAACUCCAAGCACAAAUCAAGUACAAGUGCCUUGGCCUUUUCAACUGAGCAGCACAUCCAUUAGAGUAAAUAUCCUUUGUUAUAGUAACAUUAGCACCAUGCAGGCUGGCUUAGUCCAUUUUUGCUUUGACUAAGAGAACAGUUAAACAGUGGAGCGUCUGCACACCUGAGUCACACAUGUGCCUUUUUUUCUUCUCUGUUUCUCCACUGUGUUCAGACUCAGAGAAAUUAAGGGCUGAAAACCUAAACAUGAAGGCCUGCUUUUUUCCCCACGCAGAAAGUUCAACAGCAAUCAAGGGAAUCGAUAUAGAAUCGGACUGAUAAGCAGAAUCAGUAAUGGCAAUGAUAUAAAUUAAUAAAUCUUAUCAAUUCCCAUCCCGACAAAUGAUUGGUUUACUCAGCACCAGAGCCCCCCUUGACCCCUCUGCACCUGCUGACUCGCUUCUGAAAUGUGAAUAUUUUCUGGUUUCUUUCCUCCUCUGUGACUGUAAAUUAAAUAUCUUUGAGCUGUGGACAAAACAGACAUUUGAGGACGCCAUCUUGGGCUUUUGGAAAUACUAGCUGACAAAUUUUCACCAUUUUCUGACAUUCUAUAGAUAAACAGCUAAUCGAUAAUCAAGAAAUUAAUCGACAGAUUAACUGACAAAGAAAACAACAGUUAGUAUUCGCCCUAGACUGCCAAUACGGUCACACCCAAGACAAAUGAUGUAAUAUAAAGUGAUUGGGAAUAAGUAAAUCCAAUGUGUGAUCUGCAAACACUCCACUUGAAUAACUGGUUGUCAAACAGUGAGAUAUCGUCGCGUUGUGUUUGAGGAACAAGGCGUAAUUCGUCGCCGCAGCAUGAGUGAAGUGUUGAACUUAAUGUAAUACAAGAGGCUUUCCUACAGACUGAAAAUCUACUGUUAAUGGUUAACGAUGUAUUUUCAUUCAUGCAGGGUGUCUGCACGCCCUUAACAAGUCUUAGAAUGUCUCAGGUUCAAAGUAUUAGGCCUGAAAAGUUAUUAAUCAUCUUAAAUUUGAAUUUGGGAGGCCUUCAUUGCCACGAACAUUUUAUCUUUUUUUCAGUGAAUCCAUCUUUUAAAUUGUUCUAAUUAAACUUAGUCAAGCUCUCCUGUGAGAAAGUCUACUUUCCUGAUGCUACAAAUCUCUAAACCUGAUAUCGACGGGGUGAUAACUGCACCUUGCCGCAGAUUUAAGUCGCAUAUUUGUGUAAGGCUACAAGCGCAACACUACACAGUCUCGAUUUCCAUUCUAUGUUUAUCAGUCACAAACAUGGGAGUAGUUUCAUGCUUCGAACAACAAAAAAUCUCUCUAGUGUUUUCCCAGUCUUUACAUUUUAACAGGCUGUUUCCUGAUGAACUUGCAGUCUUAGCAUGUUUAGCAUCACUCUGCGUGGACUUUGCUUCUCCAUACACCUCGAUGUAUGCGUGUGUCAUGUGCCUCAGCAAUAAAUGUCCUACCAUAUAUUCUCAGCACCUGCUCUCACGUGCCGGUUAAUGAUAUAAGUUGGAAGGAGGAGUUUUAAAUGAGAAGUUAAACGCUCCAUCACAUGACUACUUUGUUGAAGACCAGAGUCAGACCAAGCUGUUGGAGCUUUCCAACGCUGCUCGUUAUAUUUAAACUGCACCCCAGAUCCACUUUAGGCGCAGCUGGUGAGCUUGUUUAUGAUCAGCAUGUAGGAAAUAUUCGCUGUGUGGGAAGGGCGAGUAAGGUAAAUUGCCACCGUGUCAAAAGAGUGUACACACAAGGAGAAAUAUUUGCUGUUCCCUUCAGCUGGUGAUUGGUAGAGAUGCCUGGAGGUAAGGAGUUAGAGUGGGAGCAGCAUGAGGACGAGUUGCCUCAGGAGUGGAUGGAUGGCCAUGGCAAAGCAAGAGACAAUGACUGGUCUUCUUUAAGAAAAGAAAAAAACAGUUUAGGGGAGUACAGGCACCUGUCAAUGGAGGAGAGCAGUGACACCUCCGAGCCCUCAGCCCUGGACACUGCACAGCUCUUCCCACUGAUGGAGACCAAGUUGUACAAGCGGCGAUGGGUCAUGCUGCUCAUCUUCUGUGCCUACUCCAUGAGCAACGCCUUCAUGUGGCUGCAGUACAGCAUCAUCAGCGACAUCUUCAUGCGCUUCUACAACAUCAACAGCCUGGCCAUUGAUUGGCUCUCCAUGAUCUACUUCCUCACCUACAUCCCCCUCAUCCUGCCCGUCACAUGGCUCCUGGACAACCGGGGCCUCAGGGACAUUGUGAUGGUGGGCGCAGCCUUCAACUGCAUCGGGGCCUGGAUCAAGACGGGCACGGCUGACCCCAACAUGUUUGCCAUAACCUUCUUUGGCCAGUUUGUGUGUUCGGUGGGCACUGUGUAUAUCUUGGGCAUCCCCUCUAGGCUCGCGUCCCUGUGGUUCGGGCAGCAGGAGGUCUCCACCGCCUGUUCCAUCGGCGUUCUGGGAAACCAGAUGGGUAUCGCCAUUGGGUUCCUGCUCCCACCCAUCCUUGUGCCUAAUGUGGACGAUAUGGAUGAGCUGGCGUAUCACAUUAGAGUCAUGUUCUACAUCAGCGCAGGAGUGGCCACCUUCAUCUUCCUCCUCGUGGUCAUUGUUUUUCAGGAGAAACCAGAAAUCCCUCCCACCCAGGCCCAGGCUCAGGCCAGGAACAUCCCCCCCGAGCAGUACUCGUACAUGGCUUCUGUCUUAAGGCUGCUGCGCAACAAGCCCUUCAUGCUCCUGGUGGUCAGCUAUGGGCUGAACGUCGGCUGCUUCUAUUCUAUUUCCACGCUGCUGAAUCGGAUGAUUAUUGAGCAUUAUCCUGGUGAAGAGGUGAAUGCUGGGAGAAUCGGUCUGACUAUUGUCAUUGCUGGCAUGGCGGGCUCCCUCAUAUGUGGCAUUUGGCUGGAUAAGACCAAAACAUACAAACAAACCACCUUGGCCGUAUAUCUCCUCUCUCUGAUCGGGAUGCUGGUCUACACCUUCACCCUCAACCUGGGUCACCUGUGGGUGGUGUUUAUCACCGCAGGAGUCUUAGGUCAGAUCUUUGGAAUCAUUUUCACCAUCUCCCAGGGGAAGAUUAUCGACAAAUGGGGCACUUUUGGGGGAAACAUCUUCCUGUGUAUCUUUCUGCUAAUAGGAUCAGCACUGACAGGAUUCAUCAAGUCCGAGCUGCGACGGCAGAAGGCCAACCUCCAACAGAGCGAGGUACAGACAGUGAGUAAAGGGAAAGCUGAUGUAGAAGGAGGCGUCUCUCCACCUGAGCUCCUGAAGGAGAGGAAGUCAUAAGAGUGGACUCUGUCAAAGACAGUGUACAGACAAAAACACAAACACUGACAUUAUCAAUGUGUAUAAACACGCACACAUGGCCACGGACAAAAAAAGCCCUCAGACAGGCUUUAAAACCAGCAGACAUUUGAUGUACUGUGACUGUAAGGACCUCACACUCCCUACAUCCAACGCUCCAACAUCAGAGAUUUACACUAAUAUCCCAAGUGCAACUUAGCUCGUCCCACGCUGUGCACAGAUGAGAUCAUGCACAAGAGAAACGCACUUGGAACCUCAGUGGUUUUUACACCUCGAAACAAAAUUUUUGUGAACAGUAAUUUUAUCUAAUGUAUGUAUUUUACCUGUCAGUGCAAUGCAACUGCCUCUUAGUGACUCCAACAUGACUACACUCCUUAACUGACCGUCCCCCUCUGAUCUGUGUUAUUUUAGUGUUCUAUGCAUCUAAUGAGCAAUAUUUAAACUGUGACUGUCUCCUGAUAUUGGACCAACAUUGUGUGUAACUAAACUCAUGCUGAAGGCAUUAACUUAAGUGUUAAAUGCAGAUGUUGGACUGUCGUGUUUUCCUGUCAUGGCAGUCAGGAUCACACAGUCUC